AAUAAUGACGUCAACUGUACUAACAAUUUGUUUGUUGUUUUUGUUUUGUUAAUUAAUCGCCCGAUUAGUCGCCCGAAUAAUAAUUAUAUGACCGCUUAAAUAUCGGCAAUCAUUUCACGGGUAGUGACCGUCAGCAACACCAACAACAAAACAGAGAGACCCGAACCGCGGACACUUAGACUGUGUUUAGCCGACGAUACAGCCGCGUGCAACUGGCCAUCGGCAUCAUCAUCAUCAGUGGACACAAGUAUUGACCACUUGCCGCGUGUCACCGGCCAAAGUGACCACUGAUUAGUGGACAAUAAUAUAACAUUAUCACCAAAAAAUGGCUCCGAAACCCGUACCGACGGCCGACGAGCUUUGGGGCAAUCAUCUGAUGCCUCAGUCGCUGGUCAUUGACGUACUGACACCAAACGGUCUACUAUUGGAAGUGAUGGCCAAUCGGGAGUCGACGCUCGAAUCGAUCAAACAGGAUGUCUGGUCGGAGGCCAAGAAACAUGUCUGCUAUCGGCUACUGAAUGACAUCAAUAGCUAUAUCUUUGUGUCGGUAACUCAGGACUCGAAAGUCGAAGAGUUUUACGACGAAACCCGACGGCUGUGCGAUCUUCGGCUGUUUCAGCCGCUAUUGAAACUAAAAGAACCCGACGGUAAUAAAGAAGAAAAGAUAUUGGCCUCGGAAAUCAGUUUGGCCAUCGGUAAGCCAAUCAAUCAGUUGGACAGUGUCAGGAAUGCCGAAAUUGUUGAGUUCAGGCGUAACGUACAGACACUUUGUAAGCGUAUUGUCGACGAUAGGGAACAGUUGACGGCCAAUGAGAAACUGUUUUACGCUUUUCCGCCCGAACUCGACGAAACAGAUCCCGACGGCGGCGCCAGUGGCCGUCUGACAAAAGACGACGACGACACGUUUGAUGUAUGCGUUUGGACCACCGAUUUCGGUGCCGCAGCCGUUGCUGGUGACCAAAACACUACUGCCGCUGCCGUUGCUGCCAAUGAAUCGUAUAUAUUGACAGUAAAUCAAAACUACUUAUGCGUCGAUCUUAUUGGUGACGCACUGAAAGCUAUUUACCAUAAGAUUAAGACAAAUAAUAAUAAGAAGAAGAUAUCAAUUGACAACAAGUUGAUGACUAAUAAUAAUAAUAAUAAUAAUAAUAAUAUUAAUGAAGACAUUGAUGUCGAUGUGGACGAGUUGGCCAAACAAGACAGUCAUAAAUAUGUGCUCAAGAUUUGCGGCGUUGAACAGUAUUUGUUGGGCAACUAUAGACUCUACAGAUAUAGUUACAUACGUUCGUGUAAAUCGCAGGCCAAACAGCCGCAACUGUUUUUGGUUGGCCAGUCGACACUUGUCGACAAAGUGCCCAAAUGUUCAUUUUUGAUGCCACACUUUAUGAAACGAUUUACCUCCUCAAGUAUAACCACCGCUAACAACACACCCACCAUCACCACCGCCACCACUACUACUACUAGUAAUACUAUAAACACCUCAAACAACAACAACAACAACAACACAAUCGCCAACAGCAGUCUCACAUAUGCCACUACCGGUGCCGAUAUCUAUCAGAGCCUACAAAGAAAGGAACUGAUGUCUCUGUGGACAAUCAAUAGCUACUUCAGGAUCAGUGUCCUGUCGGCUACCUAUGUAAAUGUUCGCGAUGUUGACGGCAUCUAUGUCAAAGUGGGUAUCUAUCACGGAGCCGAAGCCCUGUGCCAGGACAGGGCUACUGCGAAAGUGGCGCCGCAAAACCCGCGCUGGUCGGAAACGAUUCAAUUUGAUUUGUACGCGCCCGACAUUCCCCGAUCGGCUCGGCUAUGUUUUUCAAUUUGCGCCGUCACUCAGCGUAAACGUCGCGAAGAACACUACGCCAUUGCGUUCGGCAAUAUUCAAUUGUUCGACUACCGAAGCCAAUUGAUGGCCGAUCGUUUGAAUAUUACUUUGUGGCCAAUGCCUAAAGGUUACGACGAUUUGCUCAAUCCGUUGGGAAUGAUCGGCUCGAAUCCCAAUAAAGAUUCGUCGUGUUUGCAAAUCGAGUUCGAACGGUACUCGCAUCCGGUAGUGUUUCCGCCCGACGGCCACAUCGAAGAGUACGCCAAUUGGAUUAUCAAAAUGGAGAAAAGUCGGCGCGAUUUGACCGGCAAUAGAGCGACACCGGCUGCCGACAACAUCCAGACAGCGGCGGCGGCAACCGCUGAACGAUCGCAGCGAAUCGCUCGCUACGAUAUCGGUGUCGAUGUCUCAGCCGAAGUUUCAGCUCAAGAGUUAGCCCAAUUGACCGAUAUUUUGCGUAGAGAUCCGCUAUCGGAGUUGUCUGAACAGGAAAAAGAUUUUCUAUGGAGUCUACGACACGUUAUGGUCGCACUGCCGAACUCUUUACCGAAACUGUUGGACGCUAUCAAAUGGAACAACAGAGACGAAGUGGCACAACUCUAUCUACUAUUGAAACGUUGGCCAAAGAUUAAGGUCGAGACAGCGCUGGAACUGUUGGACUGUAAAUAUACGGAUCUAAAGGUACGCAGCUAUGCUGUCAAAUGGCUGGACACGGGUCUCAGCGAUGAUCAUCUCCUACAAUAUCUGCUUCAGUUGGUCCAAGUGCUCAAAAAGGAGCCCUACUUUGACAAUGAAAUCUCACAUUUUUUGCUCAAUCGGUCGCUAAAUAAUCAACGUAUCGGACAUUUCUUUUUCUGGCACCUGAAGUCUGAAAUGUACGAACAGCUGCAUUCGGUUCGAUGCGGUAUACUAUUGGAAGCCUACUGUCGCGGAUUACCGUUUCUGAUCUUGAGGUCAAUGGUCAAACAGGUACAGGCGCUGGAAAAGUUGGAAAAGCUAACGGAUGUACUGAAAGAACGUAAAGACGACGCCCAGAAAGAUCGGAUCCGAUUCCUAUCGAAUUACAUACAACAGGCCGACUAUAUGGAAGCCCUUCAACAGCUACCGAAUCCAUUGAACAAUAGUAUAGUAUUGGGCGAUAUUAUUGUACCCGAAUGUCGUAUUAUGGAUUCGGCUAAACGUCCGCUGUGGCUGGUCUGGACAAAUCCGGAUCCGAUGGCACCGAUUGCCGCUUACGCCAAAAAUGCUAUCAUAUUCAAGAGCGGCGACGACCUGCGUCAGGAUAUGCUGACACUGCAAGUGAUUUCAAUUAUCAAUUUGAUAUGGCGUCGGGCGGGUCUCGAUCUGAAAAUGUUACCGUACACUUGUCUGGCCACUGGCAAACAGGUCGGUAUGAUCGAAGUAGUUCGGUCGGCCAAAACUGUUAUGAAUAUACAGCGAUCGGGCGGCCGAUUGGCUGCACUUCAAGUCGACUCCAGUCAACUACACAAAUGGAUCAAAGAGCACAAUCGGGACAAAUAUCAUACGGCCGUCGAUAACUUUACCCGAUCGUGUGCCGGCUAUUGUGUGGCCACAUUCAUAUUGGGUAUUGGCGACCGUAAUCCCGAUAAUAUUAUGAUUACCGAAGAUGGCCAAAUAUUUCAUAUAGAUUUUGGCCAUUUUCUCGGCCAUUUCAAGAAAAAGUUUGGCAUCAAUCGUGAAAGAGUACCGUUUGUUUUGACCUACGAUUUUCUUCAGGUAAUAUCCAAAGGAUCGGAAAAUCCAUUGAAAAGCAAAGAGUUUGAGGCUUUUCAUCAACUGUGCGGUCGGGCUUAUCUGGUAUUGCAUGAAAAUGCCAGUCUAUUGAUAACAUUGUUUACGAUGAUGCUGUCGACUGGCAUACCGGAGCUACAGUCGAUGGAAGAUAUUAGUUAUCUGAGACAGACAUUGCAAGUGGAAAAAUCAAGCGAAGAAGCGCUACAAUAUUUUACCACUCAGUUAGCUGAGGCACACGGAGGCGCCUGGAGUACUAAAGUCGACUGGUUUUUUCAUCAGCUCAAACAUGGAUCAAAAACAUAGACAUACUAUAGAUAUACUGUAUAAGAGAGAGAGAGAGACGACAUUCAAGAUAUAAAGAGAUUUAC